CUACCUCACUACGAUCUCAGGCAACUCUCUCUCUCCCUCUACUCAUCUAUCCAUUACUGUAUUUCCUUAAUUUCCUUCGAUUCUUGACAAUGGCUUCAGACGUUGGAAAGCUUCAUGUGGAAGUCGAGGUGAAAUCUCCGGCGGAGAAGUUCUGGGUAAGCCUCAGGGACUCGACCGAAGUCUUUCCCAAGGCUUUCCCUCAUGACUACAAGAGCAUCGAUGUCCUCGAAGGCGAUGGCAAGGCUGUUGGAUCCGUUCGCCUGAUAACAUACUCUGAAGGUUCUCCGAUUGUGAAGGUGUCGAAGGAGACGAUCGACAUGGUUGAUGAAGCUAAUAAGGCGGUAGCCUACCGGGUGAUCGACGGUGAUCUGCUCAAGUACUACCAGAGCUUCAAGUGCAUCCUGACCGUGAUUUCCAAGGGAGCUGAAGGAGGGGGGAGCUUGGUGAAGUGGUCGUGCGAGUAUGAGAAAGCUCACGAGCAGGUUCCAGAGCCAAGCAUCAUCAAGGACUUUGCUGUCAAGAACUUUCAAGAGCUCGAUGCCUAUGUCCUCGCUCAUUGAUCACUUAGAAUUGCUUCAAUAUUAGUGGGCAUUUGUAAUGCAUGGCCAAAUUAAGCUUUGAAGUCUGGGGCACUUUUCCUAAUUAUGAGUUAUAUAAAUUUGGCCAAAAUAAAUAAAGUGAUGAGCUGAAGUCUUAUGUAUGUCA